AGCAGAAAAUUAUUUUCCUCGACCAGCAGCUCAACCAGCACCACUGGAGAAGCAGUUCUCUCGUCCAAGCAAAAGCAGAAAAAAAACCCAAGAACAACUGAAGGGCUUGAUUUUUGAUCCAAGGGGGUUAAUUUCAGGAGAGAAAACUGAAGACAACGUCCAGGAUACCAGAAGAGAUUUACAAGGUUUGAUAACUUCUUUCAUCUGCCAGAAAAAUGGGCUGGGACUUCUUCACUCGUCUGCUGGACGAGAUGUCCAAUCACUCGACAUUCGUGGGCAAGAUCUGGCUCACCUUCCUCAUCGUCUUCCGGAUUGUGCUGACAGUGGUUGGCUGCGAGUCCAUCUACGACGAUGAACAGAGUAACUUUGUGUGCAACACACAGACACCUGGCUGUGAGAACGUUUGCUACGAUGCGUUUGCGCCUCUCUCGCACAUUCGCUUCUGGGUGUUCCAGGUGAUCAUGAUCACCACGCCCACCAUAAUGUACCUUGGGUUUGCCAUGAACAAGAUCGCCCGCAUGGACGAUGACGACGACGACGACUACAAGCCCGAGGAGAAGAAGAGGGUACCGAUAGUGAACCUGGGGGCCAACAGCGACUGUGAAGAAGCAGAGGAUAACAAGGAGGAAGAUCCCAUGAUCCUGAAGGUUGAGCCAGAUGAGAAGGAAGUUUUAAAGAAACACAAAAACAAGCAUGAUGGCCGGCGUCGCAUCAAGAGAGAUGGGCUUAUGAAGGUCUACGUCUUGCAGCUACUAUCACGAGCUGUCUUCGAGGCCUUGUUUCUCAUCGGGCAGUACAUCCUCUACGGCCUGGAGGUGGCGCCGUCCUAUGUGUGCACAAGCUCCCCUUGCUCACACACGGUGGACUGCUUUGUGUCACGUCCCACUGAGAAAACCAUCUUCCUGCGCAUCAUGUAUGCCGUCAGCGCUUUGUGCCUGCUCCUCACUUUGCUGGAGAUCCUUCAUCUUGGCAUCAGUGAGAUUCGAGACUGUCUCUGCAGCCCGCAAACUCGCUCUUCUGCCUCUCGCCAUCCAUCCCAGGCCAGACGGCGACCAUUAAUCCGCCGCCAGGCCUCGGCGCCUCCACGUUACCACACUGUUUCAAAGAAGGACCCACCUGGAAAAACAGGCUUCCAGAACUAA